AUGUGUAGUUCUCUCGUUUGCCGGUCGAUAAAACGUCGUUCUGUGUGUGUGGCAAACGAAACAGACAAGAAGUGCGUAUAGCAAAAAAUAAAAAAAAAUUAAAUAAAAUGUGAUUCGUGCGGAAAAACGAAAGUAAUGUGCGUCGAGCAGCAGAGUGUUAUGUGCGAAAGAGGGUGAAUGCAAUGAACAACGGGCCUCUGCCCCCUGUGCCGGAUCUCAUUCCUAUAUCGGCUCUUCGUAAAAGACGAAAUUCGAACAAUAAUAGCGACGGCAUUUCGGACGGGGGCCCUUCAGAGUGCGCCCCUUGCGCUUCGAACCGUUCGGAGGUUAUGGGCGAACAGCGCCCUCGACGGCGGCGCUCGGCAAAUCAACAACCCGCCGUCGAGUUAAUCGAUAACGCAGGGUCACGUGGCUCGAGCGCCGCCCCACAGGCACCGCUCUCCCGGAAAGCGAGGCCCGAGCGUCACCGUAAAUCAGACAGACGACGCGAACGACGCAAACUUACAACAACCCGCUCGACUAGUAAACAUUCCAAAUUCCGGGAAAUAAACAGUUCGCAGGGGCAAUUUCCCCAAACGCCGCGCGUGAAUCCGAUUUUUGUGUGGGUCCGGCAAGAAGACACUCGCAUCGUGGACGUGAAAUGCGAAGAUUACGACAAAAGGAACCGCAUCCUUCUUACGAAGACGGCGCAGGGCUGGCGCGCCAUACCUCGCACCGAAACCCUCGUGCCCACCCUGAAGGAGGCGGUUAGGGACCAACAUCAACAUCACCAUCACAAAAAUAAAAAAUCUCGCAAAGGUAAGGUAAGGCGCCGCUCUACCGGAGUCCAAGUUUCCUCUGACUUUGACGAGGAAGCGGAAGCCGUUCAGCAGGAGUCGCAGGACAAUGUCAUACUCAAUCAAGCCGAUGACAAAGCGCUGGCCGUUUCGCCACCUUGGAUGUCCGCUGAUAACAUUAAUGUAGAGUCUCUUUUACCGUCCCAUACUAUUAAAGUUAAGAGGUCAACAAGCCCGAACCAUUCUCCUGAACGAGACUCGAAUGUAAACAGUGUCGUAAGCCAUUGCGCGCAAUCGCCGACUAUAAAGUGCAGUGCCGACAAAAUAUGUGACGUCAGCCCUUUAGAUAAUUUACUUGCUGUAGCGGAACUAGAAUUUAAACAACAAAUUCAGUCGGAAGAAUGGAACAAAACAUCUGAAUCAAGCAUAAUUACCAAUGAGGAAGCAAUUGUAGCUUAUAACAAUUUCGAGCAAAGCGAUGAAGAUAAGGAAUUCAUGAAAAAUUUAGAAACUCUAAACAGUCUAAUCGAUUCGGAAAAAUCCAAGUUGGAACUUACUAAAGAAAUUAAUUUGACAGAACCCCAAAAAUCAGAAGAAUGCGACUACAAUGAUGAUGAUGAUAAUAAUUUAGCUAUGGAUGAUAUUCUUUCCAGAUUAGAACAAUCUUUAAGGAGUCCCGACAGUGCGGAAAUUAACAAUUGUGAUACAAGUUCAAAUAACAAUAAUAAAAUUGAGGUAGAUCAAGAGGAAGAUAUAACAGAGCAGGACGAGGAGGAAGAUAAUACAAAAGUGCAUUUUAAUAGUAGUGAUACCGAAAACGAACCAGACCUCAAAUCCGUACCUGAACCAGAAUUUGAAAAUUUUUUCGAAGAAACCGAUCCAAAGCACAUUGAAGAUAAACAGGAAAUCGAAAUCGAGAACGAAAGCGAUACUGAUAAAAUCGUUGAAGAGAUAGAAGAGGAAAAAACGGAAAUCAUAAAUUUAGUAGAAUCGUCUACUAUUGACGAGGACGAUAACAACAAACCUACGGAUUUAUCGGUAAAAAUUGAUAAAAAAAUGGAAGAUGACACAGAAAAAGUGGUCACUCUUCAAGAUGAACCUACCGAUUUAAGUAUACCUAAACAAUUAGCAAGUCCUAGACCACCCUCGCAAAAUUCCGAAGCCGUACAGUCGCCACAACCCAGUGGAAUUCCCGCAGUUCCACAAUCACCCGACCUUGUUUCGACUACUGUAAACGUAAGUAGCAAACCAAAAUCCGUAUUUUUAGAGUCUCUGUUGACAAAUUGUACCAAAAAAAUGGCACUAAAUUCGGAGGUAACGAUCGCUCCCCAAAGGGAGCCUUUAGAUCUGGGAAAAUCGCGCAAAUCAGCGAGCCCCACCGUCACGUGCUCGGAGGAAAUAAACAAUUCGUCAUCGCAAUGCGAACCUCCCACGAAAAAAAUUAAAUCGGUAGAUAUUACCUUGAAAACUCUAUUGGAUCCGGAUAGUCAAAAAGCAGCGGCUGAAAGUAAAAGUUCUGAGAAAUCUUUCACUACUGAAACGCCCAAGUUACUGGAAUUGUUACAAAAUGAGUCUGAAACGGAGCCAAUAGUGCAAUUAAAGCAACUACUAUCCGAUCCACAUCAGGACAUACCGGAUCCACUGUUGGUACCCAAAGAUUUAUUCAGUAAAAUUUUAAUAAAUCCCGGUACUGAGAUACCGAAAUUGUUGAAAGAAAGGCCCGAACUUAGAUUACCGCAAGCGCUGGCUUACCCUCAAAUAAUGCAAGAUCCUAAUAUGCUAGUUAUAAAUCAUCAUCAUUUAGAGUCAAUUUUGUGUAAUAAGCAUUCCUUGAAUGUCGGUAGUAAAUCAUCAAGUUCUGAUUCGAAAUCUCACGAUAAGCACGAGAAACAAAUCACUGAUAAGUCAACUGAGUCCAGUAGUACGAAGAAAAAAUCAACUGAAAACGCACUGAAGACUAAUUCAACUGUUGAAAACCAAACUAAAGCAUUUAAUGAAUUAGCUAAUGACAUAAACACCGCAACUCAAGCCUCAUUUAGUCAGAUGCCCUGGUUCCCUUACAUAAAUCAAAUGGAAGCCAUGGCGUUGUCUAAUAAUCCAGACUUCAUGAAAAUGCUAUCUUCUAUGCAUCAUUCUAUCUACAUGAAUCAAAUGCCGGAAUUGUUCGCGGGUUUGAGACCGCCUGUAUCGCCGAUGGGCUUUCCUGCGGUGCCACCGCCUAUGAACUACACCAAUCCUUUGGAGUUCAACAUGUGGCAGGAAGCAAUGCUGCAAGCCCAUAUCCUGCGAAACAAAACUGCCGAAAGCGAGCAAAACCUCUUCAAGAAUUACUUCGAAAAGAUGAAUCCUCAAAACAGCCGAACAGUGAACAACUGCGUCAACCCCAGAGCACAAUCUUCCAACAAACAGAAUUACUCCAAUCAAUUUUACCAAAAGGAACAACACAACUCGUACCAAAACCCGUACGGGAACUACAACGCCUAUAACUCCAAAUCUUCCCAAUUACCACCGCAAAAUCACCAGCGACAUCCGAUGAACCAGAGGCAGCAUUAUCCAUCCAAAACAUCCAACAACUAUCCGCACCAGAUGAACCAGAACUUCGGUUAUUUGUACAACCAAAUGUCCGACAUGGAGAAGCACCAGUACAUGCAGAUGACAACGCAAGACCAGUUCCACCAAACCUACCAGAACGCCGUUCGAAAAGAAGCUUCCCAUUCCACUCACCGUUCGAAGCAACACUCCAAGUCGUACUCGCACUCUUCGGCUGCUCACAAAUCCGCCCAACACCAUCUGGACCACCAGAAGGACAGGAGCCAUUCGAGCGCGAACGAGCCAACAAAGCCGCAAUCGACUCAGCCUAUUGAUCUUUCCGGUUCAACGGUGUCGUCGGGCGGUAAACUCAAGGUUAAACAGCACCUUAUCGAUCUCGCGAAUGCGCCGAGGCUGUUGAAGCAGCACGACGACGUCCCCGAAGUCGGCAGUACCACCGCCAGCAUCGAGGAAAUGCAAGACGCCCACAAGCACUUGUGGCAUCCCUUAUUUGGAAACCAAAAAGGCUACACAAGCCCUUGGAAUUGGACGACUGUAACAGCUACUGGAGAAUAACACAGGCCUCAGCCUCCAUCAACCAAUUGGAGGUCAAACAACGCAUACCAAUACCAACAAGGUGUCAAUAACUUAGAUGCCUCCUCAUUCACAGGGUUAGAUCUCGAGAUGUUCUUGAAUGUCAUGGUAACGAGACAUCCCCGUUGUACUCCCUUAAAAAGCGACGAAUCGUGAAAAAUCGCUCGAAUUAUAGUACAUUUUUGUUGCUCCAAAUAUCGAUUGAGUUUAUUGUAAAUAAUAAUUCUAGCGUAAGGGCAUGUCAUUUCAACAUUUUUCAGAAUUUUUGUAUUGCAAGCAUCUAUCAAAUCGAACAUAAUUUUUGUAAAGAAAUUCGUAAAUUAUAUCCGCGACAACUUCAUCUAUGUUUGUAGCAUCCCAGUUAGCAGAUGAUCGCAUAUUGUAUAAGCAUGUUUAAUUAAUCACGCCGAGCGGUUGCCCAUAACUCAA